CAUCCCAAGGGAUUGCCUUGCAGAGGCAGAAAGGCCUUGCUUCCAUUCACAGAAACAUUGGUAUGCCAGCCUGCUAUUUCAUUCACAUAAAAGACUAAAUAUUGCAUGCUUUUUGUCCUCUGCUCUUUUCCUCCUUUGUCUUUUUUGCCUCCUCUUUUGAUUUGCGAGGGCCUGCCUUUUCUUCCCUGCUUCUGUGUUUGCCUCUUUUUUUUUCCUGAGGAGAGAAGGCAGACGUGCUGUUUUUUUUUUUUUUUUUUUUUUCUAUAUUUGCCAGGCAGGAAAGAGAGAUGUUGGGAGGGACUGCAGUGCGAAAUCUGCAGCAGAGUGAGAGCGGAAGCUGCUUAUGAAUGAGUGUCAGUCUUUCGGCUUUGCUAGAUGCUCCUGAGGACAUUUUACAUGAAUGGUGUCUGGCUGUGUGCUUUCCGCUACCGGGCAGACAAAGAUGCUUCAUUGCUGCUGGUUUUAAGGAGACUCGUGGGCCUUUUUUUCUGCUAUCCUUUUGGUUGUUUCAUUGAUUCAUCUGCCUGAGAAACAUGUCGUUCGCACUGUGUUUUUUUUCAGUUGUGUCAUUCAUGUAAUUCAACCUGGACCAAUUGCUGGGUAUUUUAGACAAGCUGUGAGAUUGAAUCUGCUUCCUUGUUGUGAAAUGUUUUUAGUCCUUUGUUGCAAAAGACUGAAUUAGUGCUUCACUUAGACACAUGUUCUCAAAACAAAUUUAAUGGAAAAAAUUUUUUAUUCAUUUUUGCAUUAAUGCCUGAUUAUUAAUAUUUUGGGCAGAAACAACACGUAUUUUAAGAAGUCAUGGGUUUUUGAAAGUACACAACUGAGGAGUGAUGUCUGCCCAUAUUCUGCAGCUAUUAUAAAUUAACACGGACAUUAUAUUUAUGAUGUUGCGUAUUUCCGGUCAUGCUAACAUUUUACUGUAUUGUUGCUUUCAGUGACUUACUGUAUAGAUUUCUUUUACAUUCAUUUAGCAAAAAUGAAAUCUUUAGGAAACAUUUAAAUAGAGAUUUUAUUCUUGAAACAAAGACAUCUGUAUUUUUUUUGUUAAAAGAUUCUGGCAGGAUUGUGGCUAUCAAUUAAAUGGAUGCUAGUUUUCAUUACUAAUUUCAUUUCUGUGAUACGUUUAUUGUGUGUAUCAUCCUUUUUAUUUAAACUUUUAUCAAUUCAUCAAUUUAAUUGCGUAUAACAUGAAUUCAAGCUUAUAUUUCUCGAUAAUUACGUUACCAAGUUAAUAAAUCAAGCUCCCUCUCAUUCUUAAUUUCCUUUUUCUCAGAAAGACAAAUGAGAAGGAAAGAAUUAAAGAGAAUAAAUAUCAGACUGGGGAAUUUAAAAAUUGAUUGGUUCUAGUGUGCUGUAAGUGGGAGUUUUUUUUUUCUCCCUCCGACAGGAAGUGAUUUACAGUGUUCAGCAAGCCUUUUGUUGAGAAGGUUUUCUCAGAUCAGUGAGUCAUGCUUUAGCUCUGAGCCGGCAGGCAGCAGUCAGUAGAGAGUAUUUGCUCUUCCCUCGCAGUAUCCGUGAUCAUCGACAACAUAGACCUUUCUCUGUUCUUACUUUUUGGAUUUUUGAGGCUAGAAAUCAUCAGCAGCAGCAGCAUCACCACUGGAAACCAAACAAGCUGCACCACAACACUGGCAGCCUUUUAGAGACCUUUUUCCUCUCCAUCCUCUUCCUCCUCUCCUUCAGUGCUGUGUUUCCAUGGAUUGUGUCUGUAUAUUUCUAUCUGACGGAUUGGAUUGCAGCUCUGGAUUUUACUGAGAGUAGAUUGGACUUUGGCGACAGCAGCAGCAGCAGCAGCUCAACACAACCACCACUGUAACCUCAAUAGAGAAAAUUAAAGUCAGGUGGCCUGUGAUUGCUAAAAGGCGUUUGCUGCCUGUACCGCUGCUGCUAUGUUACAGGAGAGGGUAAUCAGCACGGCUCAGCCACGUCUGCCAGCACACUUGUGAAAGAGGCAGGCUGUGCGUGUCGGUUGGUGGAGAGAGGGGAGAGAGCAAGAGAGAGAAGGGUAUGCUUCACCGUACCAAAUACAACCGCUUCAGGAAUGAGUCAGUAACAUCCGUCGAUGAGCUUCUCCACGGCCUGUCCAUGAACCCCAAGGUCUCGGCCACCCCCCAGUCUGCAGCCGAGACAUCUUACACACCCCCGACUGAGGUCCAGCCCUCCUCCGCCACCACUGCUUCCAGCAACCCCACCAGCCACGGCUCUGACCACCUGGAAGAUGGAGGCACCACCCUCUGUACCCUCAUCAACAAGGUGUCCGGCCUGAAAUUCAGCAACUCAGGCAGCCUGCUGGGCAUCAAGGGUCUGCCCUCGGCUGUCAAGGACCUGGCUGUGUCUAAGCUGCAGGGGGGUGGGGGAUCGGGCUCAGGCAGCUCCAGUGGCCCGAGUCCCAGUGCGGCGAUGGCAGCAGCCUCUGGUGUGGGCGGCUCUCUGUGCAGCUCGGCCUCCCAUUCGACCCCCUGCUCGCAGCUGGAGCCAUCAGCCGUCAGCAUGAGCAAGAAGAGCCGGCUGGACGAGCUCCCGCCCGGCGGAGAGGACUGGAAUCCAGGUGGAGGUGGUGGACUGGUGAUCAAACCCUCCAGAGGAUGGCUCCACUCGACCGAGAAGAUCUCUGGUCCAGGAGUGACAUACAUUGUGAAGUACCUGGGUUGUAUAGAAGUCCUUCGGUCGAUGAGAUCCCUGGAUUUCACCACGAGAUCACAAAUCACUAGGGAAGCCAUCAGCCUGGUGUGUGAGGCUGUUCCAGGGACCAAAGGAGCUCUGCGGAAGAGAAAGCCACCGUCAAAAGCUCUGUCCAGUAUCUUAGGGAAGAGCAACCUGCAGUUUGCCGGCAUGUCCAUCAACCUAAAUAUCUCCACCAGUAGCCUCAACCUGAUGACCCCCGACUGCAAACAGAUCAUAGCCAACCAUCACAUGCAGUCCAUCUCCUUUGCAUCAGGUGGAGACCCUGACACAACAGAUUUUGUUGCCUAUGUAGCAAAGGACCCCGUUAACAGACGAGCAUGUCACAUCCUGGAGUGCUCUGACGGACUGGCCCAGGACGUCAUCAGCACCAUUGGCCAGGCCUUUGACCUUCGCUUCCAGCAGUACCUGCAGUGUCCGUCAGGCAAACUGUCCUCCUCACAUGACAGGGUAUUAAACAUGGAGGAGUUACCAUGGACAGAGGAAGAGGAGGAGUCAGCAGAACAUCCUUACUAUAACAACAUCCCUGGCAAGAUGCCACCCCCUGGAGGCUUCAUAGACACCCGGCUGACGAAUCAGAAUGCGGCGCCGGAUGGGUGCCAGAUGGGCCCAUGUUCAGUAGAUCAGACGUAUUACCAAGGGCGGCACUGUGGAGAAAACUGGGGAGAUGAAAGAAAGUCUAUAUUCAUACAACAGGGAUCAUUUGAUAUAAACAGUCUGCCCGAGACCAAAGGUCAGGCACAAAAAACAGGAGAGAUGCCCGCGUAUGUGAACACUCAGCAGAUUGACGCCCAGGUGCUCGCGGCGCUCCAGGCGGAGGCGGAACAUGUGACAAAGGGUAUGGCAGCUGCGGCCAAAGAGAGCCCGCAGAAGGACCUGUUUGACAUGAAGCCCUUCGAGGAUGCCAUUCAGUCCCAGUCCCAUCCGUCGUCCCAGGGGCCAGCCCAGUGCCAGGUGGUCUCCGGUCUCCACAAGGCAGCAUCCGUGGACAACUCGAGCCCUCUUCUCGUGCGCUCGGUGGCCUUCCGGGCGCAGGAGGAGCUGGAGGGCCAGACGUGGUACCAUGGCAAAAUGAGCCGCCGGGACGCUGAACAGCUGCUGAAAGAAGACGGGGACUUCCUGGUUCGUAAGAGCACGACCAACCCAGGGUCCUAUGUACUGACGGGCAUGCACAAUGGACUCACCAAACACCUGCUGCUGGUGGACCCUGAGGGCACGGUACGGACAAAAGAUCAUAUAUUUGACAGCAUUAGCCAUCUUAUUGGCCAUCAUCGGGACAACAAUCUGCCGAUUGUGUCAGCUGGGACUGAACUGUGUCUCCUACAGCCUGUUGGAAGGAAACAAUGAUGCCUGCAAUGCCUGGUGGGGAAUGGGAAGCUCUGAACAGUCUCUCCUACCACUCUGAAACUUGAAGGGGAAACAUGAAGAGGAGAUGCUUGAAGGCUCCAUGCGCUGACAGUGUUGUUGGGGAAAUUGGCCCGUGGUUAUUUACUGGAAGCACUGGAAGACGCAAGAUUUGUUGAAGAUGAAAAAACAAAUAUUUAUAGAACUGUUAUUAUUUUGUUGUGAUGACUGAAAUGCUAUAUUUUUGAGAAGACAUAGGUGCAUUUGGACAUAAUAUCUUGAUUUGGUGUUUUAAAAGAUUUAAAAAAAAAAGACAAUUGUUCUUGUAGUUUAGAUGAAGUGCAAAUCAAACCUCAAAGAGGUGUUAACAAGAGUAUUUUAGAAUAAAAAUCUGAAAUUUUAGUUUUGUCUGUCAAGCACAACCACAUUUCUACAGAAGCCGUUGGCUAACAGGUCGAGGAAACGAAAACAAAUGCUGUUUAUAAUGAAUUACUUGAGGAAGAAUUUCCUUUAAUCUCACCAAUAGCGUGACGGCUCACUCUAAUAGUCACUAUAUGAAAUCUGCUUUUAUUGGGGAAACUGAAUGUGUUUUGCUUUGCAGUAGUCACAAAGUGUUGGGGUACAAACGGACAUCCUUCAUAGUGCUAUCAAUGGCUUUAAAGAAACUUUUUUUUAUGAAGUAUUUUCUCGUGUCACUGCAGUCGCAUGACUUAAAAUCAACUGUUCUUGUGGACAUUGUUCGUAGACCUUGAUACCCUUUAUUUGGAAGAGGCGCUUGUGUAUGCUGACACUGUAAAAAUAGUUAUGCUUUUAAACCAGUGAUUAUUUCUGAGUUGGGUUUCUCUGGUGUGUAGUAAAUUAUUAGUUUUUUAAUUAUUAGUCAUGCAAAUGGAUAUUCUCACAUUCUUAAUUAGCACUUUCUGCUUUUUUUUUUUUUUUUUAAGUGAACUUUUAAAAGUUAUUAUUUGAAUGACCACAAAUUAAUAGCACAAUCAGAAAGUCGGAUCAUCUGCGUCAGUUGUACCGAGAUGAAUUAUCAAUGUGUUGAGAUGUAAUUAACACUUUUUACUGAAGAGGCUGAAUUAGACAAACACAGUGUGCACUCCAUAUACAGAAUUAAAUGUUUAAUAUUGGAUCACCUUCACUUAUUGAUGUUAAGCAAACAGAUUUUUUUUUCUCAGUGUGCUGAUGUCUUACGGCAAGACUACUGUACUGCCACUAGAUGUCACCACAGAAAUACUUGUUUACCCCGUCCCACUCACUUCAAUCACCUUGUGUUUUUACUUAUUAGCAGCAAAAGAUGCUGUCUUUGUAUCACUUUAAGUAUAGUACACAGGGAAAUACGUUAUUGCCUAACAGGUCAGAGUUCAUUUGCAUUUUGCAGUCCACUGUACACAAUCAUUCCUCAGAACAGUUUACUGUAAUUAGUGUUCUACAUUGUUUUUGUAGAGUGGGAAUCAAACAUUUGAAAUGGCUAAUAGAAAUAGUACACAGAUUUUUAAAAUGCUCACAUCCUUACUGUUGUCAGUUCUCUGAUGGAUACCAAAUGAAUGGGGCAUUGUAUUUGAUAUGCACUGGACCACUUCAAUUGAACCAAAAUCAGCAUGUGUUCAAUGAGUUUGACAAGACAGAUGCAAUGUAAUAUAACAUGCCUGUAUUUUGCUGCAAGAGGGAGUGUACAGUACAUGCAUCUCACGACAACACAUGUUUUAGCAAAGAGCCGUAUUUGGGAUUGUUCUGAAAACAUCCACCACCAGCUUAAUUUUGGUUUAAGCCGAUAAGACUCUCCUUGAUUCCUUGUGUCCUUCUGAGCAGAGCGCACUAGAGGAAGAACAUAUUGGAUUCCUUUUUUAGAGGAAGGUGUGAAGAAAAGGGCACAAAGAAUCAUUGAUUUCACUUUUGUUGACCGUAAUCCACCAUUAACUUUUAGUCUAAUUCUUUGUGACAUAAUUUCAUCAAAUCUAAUAUCUUGGGAGAAGAAAUGAUGUGCUAAAUACAAAAAUAAAAACGGCACUAAUAUCAAGAAUUCUUUUGAGAUUAGUAUUUAUUUCUGACGGGCAAAUUUGUAGAAUCACCUGGGCAAAAUGUGCAAAGUUUUGAACAAAGGAA